AUGGCCUCCGCCGCUUCUUCUUACCCUUGGCUCACCCACCAAAGCCAUUACAAUGGAGUCUGCGGCGGAGGGAGCAGCAGCAGCAGCCGCCACAGUAGCUUCCUGUUCCACGAGCACCAGCAGCAGGAGCCCGAUGUGAGCAUCUCACUGUCCAUAGCCCCGCCGUGCAGCAACAACGCGGCUUCCGCCUGUGGUGGCGGUGGCUUCGCUGCCCCGCCGGCACCGUCGACGGUGACGACCGUGACGCCGGGCGGGAGCCAGGUGCCCAGCCAGUACUGGAUCCCCUCCACCGCCGAGAUCCUGGUCGGCUCCACGCAGUUCUCCUGCGCCGUCUGCAACAAGACCUUCAACCGCUUCAACAACAUGCAGAUGCACAUGUGGGGCCACGGUUCGCAGUACCGGAAGGGGUCCGAGUCCCUGCGCGGCGCCAUCACGGUGGGCACGGCGCCGCCGGCGUCGCUGAUGCGUCUGCCGUGCUACUGCUGCGCGGAUGGGUGCCGGAACAACAUCGAGCACCCGCGGGCGCGGCCGCUCAAGGACUUCCGCACGCUGCAGACGCACUACCGGCGCAAGCACGGCGCGCGCCCCUGCGCGUGCCGCCGCUGCGGCAAGCGGUUCGCCGUGCGCGGCGACUGGCGCACGCACGAGAAGAACUGCGGCAAGCUCUGGUUCUGCGUCUGCGGCUCCGACUUCAAGCACAAGCGGUCGCUCAAGGACCACGUCCGCUCCUUCGGCGGCGGGCACGCGCCGCACAUCGUCGAGUCCGUCGCCAUCGAGGACGACGAGGAGGAGGACGACGACGACCACGACGACGCCGACCUGCAGACUUUUGACGACAACUGCAACAGCGGCGCCGGAGGAGAAUCCAGCGACAUGGUCGUCGUCUAG